AUGCUGUGCUGCCUGCUGCUCCUCGCCCUGCUGCUGGGGGCUGCCCUCCCACAGCCUGUGCACCAGAGCUACUCAGUUCCUGAGGAUUUCACUGCUCCCCUGGAGCUUCCACAGAAGCACUUCGGCCUGGUGGAUGAUUACGGCAUCAAACCCAAGCAGCCGCGCUUCGGACCGCGGGCGGCCCCGCGGCGGCCGGUGGAGCUGCGCAGAGCUCGCAAAAGCAAGCGCGACGGGCUGGACCUGCUGGAGUACUACGAGGAUGCGCGCCUGUGA